AAGUAUGGAGGCGCGCGAGAGGGAGGGAGCUAAUGCUAAACUAACACAAUGUAUAGAGAUUCCUGACAGAAAAUUAUUCUUUUUAUGAAAUCAAGUUGAAAUUUAGACACUGUUUAAGAUUUAGACAGGUUAUUUUCGGACAUUUUCGGAUGUGUUUAGUAAUUUAAGGGAAAAUGGAGCCAGGGUUAGAGAUGUCUGCAAUGAUUCCUGCUCUACAGGAGCUAGCCAGUGCCACUUCAGAGGAGUAUAACACCUCUGUGCAGAAACCCAGGCAGAUUCUGUGUCAGUUCAUUGACAGGAUCCUGACUGAUGUAGAAGUCGUGGCGCUGGAGCUGUGCAAGAAGAGCAGCUCGGAACCGGCCUGCGUCAUGCUCCUGGACUUCGUUCAGCACAUCAUUAAAUCCUCGUCGCUGAUGUUUAUAAACCCGGCGUGUCAGUCGGAGCAGUUCAGAGACGUGCAGAGCGGCUGCAGCGAUUUCAGUAAGUGGAUCAUCACGCGCGUGUUGCGGAUCGCCGCCGCUCCGGAAUGCGGAAUUCUGCACGCGAAGAUCGUCUCCGUCCUCUGUUCCCUGCUGCAGCUUUUCCGGGCGAAGAGUCCGGUGGUGUUCGGAGUGUUGGUCAGAGAGCUGAUCGGGUUAGUGCAGGAUCUCACGCACACCAUGUGCAGGGCGUCGGAUUCACGCCGGACGCAGUGGCCCGUGUCGCCGCGGCGUUUCUGCGUCAGCGCGUGUCACCGUGCCGCGUAUCUCACGCCGUCCGUCCUCCAGCUCGCGUCUCCCGCGUCGUCUCAGGCGCUGUUAUCCACCGCGCUGACCGUCCUCACCGACGUCCUGCAGGGCGUCUUCUUUCCCCGGGAAGUCGGCCAGAUUUGGGACGCGUCCUGUUUCGUCCUGACGAACGGCGUCCCCGAGUUAAAAGCCGUCUCCAUGGCGACGCUGAGACGCAUCGUGAAUCUAGGUGGACUUCCCGUAAACCACGAGCAGACGUUCUUCACGGCGUACCUGUCUCUCCUGGACUCGUUCGUCUCCUGUGAGGAAUCCGACGUGCGUGCGUACGCGGCGGAGUUCCAGGCGCUGACGCGGAGCGUGUUCGUCGCGGAGAAGGGCGCACACGCGGGAUUCGGGCGCGUCCACCUCGACCUGCUGAUGGACGCGCUGCACGCGCUUGUCCUCUGCGGAGCUGUGGACAGGAUGAAGGUGAAGGAGGUGAGGACGACGCUGUGCGAGGUUUUCCGCUUCGUCCUGGAGUUCGUGCCGCCGGGAUACGAGUCCGCAGCGUCGAUCCGGAAAGAGAGAGUGACGGAAGUCUGCAGAGCUCUGAUCACCAACAUCGGAGCUCGGACACACCAGGAAUAUGUGGAGGGGUACGUGUGCGUGGCGCUGAAGGCUGAAGGUCUCGCAGCUCUACAGGAGCAGAACAGCGUGAGCGAGUGUGUCGAGACGAGCGGAGGUGACGAGGAGAUCCCGGCGAAAAGAUUACACCUGUCUCUCUCCUCCGCGUCAGGACGAGCGCAGCCUGGUCAGGUGGAGAUGAGGAGCAGGAGUAAGGUUUGGGCCGCAGUAGAUGAUCGGAUGGAGAAGUUGAUCACGCAGCUGAAGACGUGUGACGGAGUCGAGCAGCGAGUGUGUGUUCUGGAGGGUUUAGUCACCAUCCUGCGUCUCACUGCUGUCUGCUCCAGCGAGUGUGUGUUGAACUCCGGAGAGAAACACACACACACCCAGCAGCUGGUGUGGCUGAAGUCGAGGACGUUGUGUGAGGUGGUGGACGCGUGUCUGUCCGUCAUGGCCGACGCCGCUGACGAGGACGUGGAGCUGAUGGUGGAGAGAACGGUCCGCGUCCUGGACGCCGUCAUCUACAUGACCAUUAACAGUCCGACUGACGGCGGUUUGUACCGGAGUGUGUGUGCGUUGUUGUCGAUUCCGUGGGUGAACACACACUCCUCCGUCUCGGCCUAUCAGACGGCUUCGUUUCCUGCUAAUCUGAUUGGACUGUCGAAAAGACUCGGUCCUGCGUACUCCGUGGAGACGCGAGGACGCUGCAUGUUCCUCCUCUCUCUCCUCCCUCAGCAGACGAGUGCGGAUUGGCGCGUGAGCGUUUAUCAGUGCGCACUACAGAGUGAGAAUGAGACGGAGCGCCUCAGUGCAGUGAGAGGAUUUCCACUGCUCAUCCAUCAGCUCGGGAAUAAACCAUACAGCCUCCUGCACACCACGCUCACGUCCAGGCUGCAGGACGUUUCCCCGCGUGUGAGGACAGCGAUGGCGUCUGUCGGUUCUCAGUUACUGUGCUGUGUGAGUGAAAGUUCUCAGUUCCGUGUUCUCCCUGAGGAUCUGUGUUCUCUCUCAGAGUUCCUCUGUUCUCGCAUCACUCUAUCCGACUCUCACUCCGUCCGUCUGUCCUCCGCCGGGGCGUCCGUCCUCACGCCGUUCCUCACCCUGCUCAGACCCAGCGAGGAGCCUGAGGUCAAACGAGCGUUUAUAGAGAACAUCAGUCACGUGUGUAAGCACGUGGACGUGAGCAGCAGUGACCCCGACACCCAGUCCCUCCUCGUGGCGCUCGUUAAUCUGAUCGAGGAUCCGCACCUGGACGUUCGAUUGUCCUUCAGCCAGAACAUCAGGAGUCUGCUGGAGCACUGGAACGGAGACGCUUUCCUCAAGGAGCUGCUCGUGUCCCGGCUGAAGGAGGCUUUUACAAACGCAAAGACUUCCAGGAGCAACGAACUGAAACACACACUCAUCCUCACGACAGGGGAGAUCGGCAGGGCGGCUGAAGGCAGUCUGGUGUCGUUCUCUCUGCUGCGUCUGCUCCACUGUUUACUCUCUAAAUCCUCUCAGGUGUCAGUUGUGGCUCAUACGGAGAUUCAGGCUCUCGCUUCGGCCAGGAACCUCAAACUGCAGAGCUUCUUUAAUCAGUACAGGAACCCUGUGUGUCAGUUCCUGGUGGAGUCGUUACACUCCCGCCACAUGAUGGCACUGCGCUGUACCCCAGAUCAGAGCAGCGAGGCCCUACAGGAGGAGGCGGCGCACCAGAGAGAGCUCGCCCUCGACAUCCUCUCGCACGUCGCGCACGCCUUCGACUUCCCCGACCUCAACCGCUUCCUCAACCGUACGCUGCAGGUUCUUCUUCCGUACCUGGCAGCGAAAGCGAGUCCCACGGCGUCGGCUCUGAUUCGCACCGUCGCUAAACAGCUCAACGUCAACCGGCGAGAAAUCCUUAUCAACAACUUCAAGUACAUCUUCUCCCAUCUGGUGUGUUCCUGCACCAAGGACGAGCUGGAGAGAGCGUUCCACUACCUCAAGAGCGAGACGGAGAUUGAGUUGGGCAGUUUACUGAGACAGGACUUUCAGGGCCUCCACAACGAGCUGCUGCUGCGUCUGGGAGAAAAUUACCAGCAGGUCUUUAAUGGACUCUCCAUCCUCGCCUCAUUCGCCUCCAGUGACGAUCCGUAUCAGGGGCCCAGAGACAUCACCUCUCCUGAGAUAAUGGCCGAUUAUCUGCAGCCGAAGCUCCUGGGCAUCCUGGCGUUCUUCAACAUGCAGCUGCUGAGCUCCAGCGCCGGCGAGAAGGAGAAGAAGAAAAUGGCUCUGAACAGUUUGAUGGCUCUGAUGAAGCUGAUGGGCUCGAAGCACAUCAGCUCAGUGAGGGUGAAGAUGAUGACGACGCUCAGAACCGGUCUGAGAUAUAAAGAGGAUUUCCCACAACUCUGCUGCCGGACGUGGGAUUGUUUCGUCCGUUGUCUGGAUCCUUCGUAUUUGGGGCCGUUAUUGAGUCAUGUGAUCGUCGCUCUCCUGCCCCUCAUCUCCGUCCAGCCUAAAGAGACGGCCGUGAUCAUGCACUACCUCAUCGUGGAGAACAGACAGGAAGUGGAGGACUUUCUUCAUGAAAUCUACUUCCUUCCAGACCACCCGGAGCUGAAGGACGUCCAUAAGGUCCUCCAGGACUACAGGAAGCAAACGUCGAAGAGCUCGGACCUCCAGGCGGCGCUGCAGCUCUCCAUGCGCGCAAUUCAGCACGAAAACGUCGACGUGCGCAUCCACGCCCUCACCAGCCUGAAGGAGAUGCUGUACAAGAACCAGGCAGCAGUGUUGCGCUUGCUGUUGGACAGUGAGUUGGUGGAACCGGUUCUGUCGGAGCUGGUGACGGUUCUGCUGUUGGGGUGUCAGGACGUGAACGCGGAGGCGCGGCUGCUGUGCGGCGAGUGUUUAGGGGAGCUGGGGGCCAUCGACCCCGGCCGCCUCGACCUCAGCACCACACACACACAGCGCAGCGGGGCCAGCUUCACCAGUGGGAUUGAUGAUCCAGAGUUUGCCUUCGGGUUGUUGACAGAACUCACCAGAACGUUCCUGGCGUACGCCGACAACGUGCGAGCUCAGGACGCUGCCGCCUACGCCAUGCAGGAACUGCUGUCUAUAUUUGAGUGUCGUGAGGGAAGGACGGACUCGCCUGGCCGCAGACUGUGGAGGAGAUUUCCAGAACAAGUUCAAGAGAUUCUGGAGCCGCAUCUCAACAGCAGGUAUAAAAGCUCCCAGAAGGUGGUGAACUGGUCCAGACUGACGAAGCCGAUCUACCUGAGUAACCGAGGGAGUAAGUUCUCCGACUGGUCUGCUACGUGGGCUGGAUAUCUCAUCAGCAAGGUGCGUCAUGAUCUCGCCAGUAAGGUCUUUACCUGCUGCAGCUUCAUCAUCAAGCACGACUACCGAGUGACGCUGUACCUGCUGCCCCACAUCCUGCUGUACGUCCUGCUGAGCUCCACACCUGAGGAACAGCAGGAGGUGGUGGAUGAGAUCAUGGCCGUGCUGAAGGAGGACGAUCCGCGUCUGUCUCAGCUGCAGGAGAACGCCUCGAGUCUGGCUCAGCUCAGCACUCAGACCGUCUUCUCCAUGUUGGACCAUCUGACCCAGUGGGGGCGCUACAGACUCCAAACACUCAGCACGGCCAAGAGCACCGGCCGCCAGAACCGAGACACACAGAACCUACACGCCAACGGUGAAGAGAACAGUGAGUAUCAGUGUGUGGUCUCCUUCCUGAACCGGAUUCCUCAGGAUGUUCUCGCUAAAGCGUCGUUCCGUUCUAAAGCGUACACACGCGCUGUCAUGCACUUCGAGGCCUUCAUCAGGGAGAAACAGCAGAACAUUGAGGAUCACCUGAGCUUCCUGCAGGCCCUGUACGCAGCCAUGCAUGAGCCGGACGGUGUGAGAGGAGUGAACGCUCUGAGAAAAGAGGAAACUUCACUGAGAGAACAGAUUCUAGAACACGAGAGCAUCGGCCUGCUGAGAGAGUCUACAGCCUGCUACGACAGAGCCAUGCAGCUAGAACCUGACCAGAUUGUGCAUUAUCAUGGUGUGAUGAGCUCCAUGCUGGGACUCGGUCAGCUCUCCACAGUGAUGACUCAGGUUAAUGGAGUUCUGGCGAACAGGCCGCAGUGGAAGUCGGAUCUGAACGCGUAUCGCGUCGAGGCGGCGUGGAAGCUCUCAAAGUGGGAUUUACUCGAGGAUUAUUUGGCCUCUGAUGAGAAAUCGAACACGUGGGGUGUGAGACUGGGACAGAUGCUGCUCUCGGCUAAGAAACAGGACUCGGGGUGUUUUUAUGAGAAGCUGAAGUUGGCGAGGAGGGAGCAGGUGGUUCCGCUUUCAGCCGCCAGCUUCGAGUGUGGAACCUACCAACGAGGAUACGAAUACAUCAUCAGACUUCACAUGCUCAGUGAGUUAGAACAUGCGUUCACUGAGCUGCAGAAGGAAAGUGAAGGGUCCAAAGCGAGUGAGCUGAUGCUGAACUGGGACGAUCGUCUGCUCAUGACCCAGAAUUCCUUCAGAGCCAAGGAGCCGAUCCUGGCUCUCCGUCGGGCCCUGCUCAGCCUCAGCAAGGGGUGUGUGUGUGAGGAGCAGGUGGGUCAGUGCUGGCUGCAGAGCGCGAGAGUGGCCCGUCGAGCCGGUCAUCACCAGACGGCCUUUAACGCCCUGCUGAACGCUGAGAACUCUCGCCUGUCUGAGCUGUUCGUGGAGAAAGCCAAGUGGCUCUGGUCCAAGGGUGAUGUGCAUCAGGCUCUCAUUGUGCUACAGAAGGGAGUAAAACAGUGUUUUCCUGAAGACCAGCAUCUCUCAGAUCCUAAGAGGAUCCAGAUUAAAGGGAAAGCUCUGCUGCUGGUGGGCCGCUACAUGGAGGAGACGGCAAACUCGGAGAGCAACGCCAUCAUGAAGAUCUACAGGGAUGUCACUACACUGUUACCCGAGUGGGAAGACGGGAAUUUUUACUUGGCCAAGUAUUACGACAAACUGAUGCCGAUGGUGACGGACAAUAAGAUGGAGAAGCAGGGCAACGUCAUCCGCUACAUCGUCACUUAUUUUGGAAAAGCGCUGCAGUUUGGGAAUCAGUACAUUUACCAGGCGAUGCCUCGAAUGCUCACACUGUGGCUCGAUUUUGGCGCAAAAGUCUAUGAAGUGGAAAAAGGGGGCCGUUCGGAUCGAGCUCAGAUGAAGGCGGAUUUGAGUAAAAUAAACGCGGUGAUCAGCGAGCACACGCUGCAUCUCUCUCCGUAUCAGUUCCUCACUGCGUUCUCGCAGCUCAUCUCUCGAAUCUGUCACUCCAAUGACGAGGUGUUCGCCGUGCUCAUGGACAUCAUCGCGAAAGUUUUCCUCGCUUAUCCGCAGCAGGCCAUGUGGAUGAUGACCGCCGUGUCGAAGUCGUCUUAUCCAACUCGGAUGAACAGAUGUAAGGAGAUUUUGAACAAAGCCGUCAGUCUGAACGGUUCGUUCGGGAAAUUUAUCGGAGAUGCAAACAGACUGACAGACAAACUGGUGGAGCUCUGCAACAAACCGGUGGAUGGGAACAGCUCCACUCUCAGUAUGAGCGUGCACUUUAAGAUGUUGAAGCGUUUGGUGGAAGAGUCGAGUUUCAGUGAGAUCCUCAUCCCGCUGCAGUCGGUGCUCAUCCCCACGCUGCCCUCCACCGGCGGCGCCAACGCCAGCCACGACGCCUUCCCCGGACACUGGGUCUACUUAUCCGGAUUCGACGACACCGUGGAAAUUUUGGCGUCGCUCCAGAAACCGAAGAAAAUCUCCCUCAAGGGCUCGGAUGGAAAAUGUUACACGAUGAUGUGCAAACCUAAAGAUGACCUGAGGAAAGACUGCAGGCUGAUGGAGUUCAACUGCCUCAUUAAUAAAUGCCUGAGGAAAGACGCGGAGUCCAGACGGAGGGAUUUACACAUUCGGACGUAUGCUGUGAUUCCGUUAAACGAAGAGUGCGGCAUCAUCGAGUGGGUGAACAACACGGCCGGCCUUCGCCACAUCCUCACCAAACUGUACAAGGAGAAAGGGGUCUAUUUGACGGGGAAGGAGCUGCGGAAAAUGAUUUUGCCCAAAACGGCGUCAUUUCAGGAGAAACUGAAGCUGCACAAGGACGUUCUGUGCGCUCGACACCCUCCUGUGUUUCACGAGUGGUUCCUCAGAACGUUCCCCGACCCGACCUCCUGGUACAACAGCAGGUCUGCAUAUUGCCGCUCCACAGCUGUCAUGUCCAUGGUGGGCUACAUCCUGGGUCUGGGAGAUCGUCACGGAGAAAACAUCCUGUUUGACUCCCAAACCGGAGAGUGUGUUCACGUCGACUUCAACUGCCUCUUCAACAAGGGCGAGACUUUCGACGUUCCCGAGGUCGUCCCGUUCCGGCUGACGCAGAACAUGGUGCACGCCAUGGGCCCGAUGGGGACCGAGGGGCUUUUCAGACAAGCCUGUGAGGUCACACUGAGACUCAUGAGGGACCAGAGAGAACCGCUCAUGAGCGUGUUGAAGACGUUCCUCCACGACCCUUUAGUGGAGUGGAGUAAACCCGCGAAGGGCCCUUCAAAAACACAAGCCAACGAAUCCGGAGAAAUCGUCAACGAGAAGGCUAAAACCCACGUGCUGGACAUCGAUCAGCGUCUCCAGGGUGUGAUAAAGAACAGGAAUAAAGUGAUGGGACUGCCGCUGUCCAUCGAGGGACACGUUCACUACCUCAUUCAGGAGGCCACGGACGAUAACCUGCUGUGUCUCAUGUACCUGGGCUGGGGCCCGUACCUCUGAUCCAACGUUCAGUUUCCCAAACACACUGUUUAUUUCCUUUUUGAUCAUCUUGCUGCACUUCACUUCCUUGUUUUGGGCAUUUUUUUAGUCUGAUAAACUAAAAAUGUCAACUUUAUUUCUUUUAAUAAGAAAAAUCUAAUUAUCUAUCUUUCAGUGUACUCCAUUUUUUUCGUUUCGCUUUCUAACACCGCUGAGCAGCGAAUAAAGGCGAUUUCGAUACUUGUCUUUACGAUAUUAUCGUAAUAUUUAUUAAUAUAAUUAUAAAUUCUUACGAUGUUUUUUUUUUUUCACAGCACAUGUGACGCUCCCUCAAAUGUGACCUGCCUUAACCACCUACAUGUUUUAUACAAUUCCAUGCUAGUACUGUAAACUGAUAAAAAUCAUUUCUCACAUGAUUAGUCACAAGACCAGUCACAAGUUUGCAAAAUAUGUCUCAAUUAUUGAGGCUUUAAAUCUUAAAUCUAUAAAAAAUGCAGAGCUAAGAGUGUUCCUGUUGUAACGUCUUGGUUUAAAGCUACGUGUGUGAUGUCAGUGAUGACAUCAUGAAGACAGUGUUCUAUCUAUGCAGUAUCUAUCUAAAAAAUGUAAAAAUUAUAUUAAAUAAUAAAGCUGAUGUUUAACAGUUUGGAAUAUCGAAGCGAAGUUACAGCUGAAUCUGGUAAUUAUGUAAGAAUUAUUGUGGUUAAACACUUUGUUUAUAAUAGUUAUUACUGUUCUAACGAUGUUACGCAUCGACUCUUUUGUUUAUUGUUGGAGGAAAAAGCUUGUAUUGUUUUUUUUUUUUAAAAAAAAAGAAAAAGUUAACAUUUCUCCUGCUGUGGAGGUUUUUUUCAUGGCAUUUAAAACCUUUCCAAAACAUUGUAGUGUCCUUUCUUUUUUUUUUUUUUUUUUCCACCAGUCUAAAUAAAUGUAAAUAAUUUUGCAAUGCUUUGUUUUGCGUUAACGUUUUGGUGUGUAAAGCUGUACGGUAAAGUUGAUUCUGGUCGUUGACGUAUUUCAUUUUGAAACAGGAAGAUAGAGUGACUGUGUGUUGAAAUGUUUGACUGAUUUGCACGACAGCCAAUAGCGUUCAAGAGAUAAGCCACACCCCCAACCAUAUAUAGAACUAAUAUAUAAAGCAUAUAUAU